CCUAAAACUAGUCAUAUUCCGCGAAAAUCCAGGCAGUCAUGUGUGAAGUUCAGUGGUUAGUGGUUUGAUUGCGUGUAGCUUACGGUGACAUUCGGAUAUUGGGGUUUCAUUUGAAUAUUCAUCAUUAAGCGCUCUGGUUCUCCGCUACAGACAACUGGCAGCAAAAUGCCUCCUGUCGGCUCAUUGGACGACAUUAAGUCGGAGAUUAAUAAACAAGUUGCUGCGAAUCAUGUGAUGGUCUUCAGCAAGAAAACAUGUCCAUUUUGUUUGAAGGUAAAGGAUCUCUUCAAGAGUCUAAAUGUUGAAUAUACUGCUUUGGAAAUAGACACAUUAAAAAAUGUGAGCCAGUAUGGAAAAGUUCUCCAAGAAAUGACGGGAAGACAAACGGUGCCAAACAUUUUUAUUGGUGGAAAAUAUAUAGGUGGUUGUGAUGAAAUUCUGAAGCUUCAUGCGGAGAACAAGUUGUUACCGCUGAUCCAGCAGAGUGGCGACUAUGAUUACGAUCUGAUCGUGAUUGGUGGUGGCUCAGGGGGAUUAGCGGCAGCCAAGGAAGCUGCUGGACUAGGGAAGAAAGUUGCUUUGUUAGAUUUCGUACAACCCAGUCCCAAAGGAACAUCAUGGGGUUUGGGAGGAACAUGUGUGAAUGUUGGGUGCAUUCCAAAAAAGCUUAUGCAUCGAGCAGCUCUACUGGGCGAAGAGUUUCAUGACUCAAACUCCUUUGGUUGGGAUACUAACGCAGAUGGAAUAAAACACAAAUGGAAUGAGAUGGUGCAAGGCAUCCAGGACCACAUCGGAUCUCUGAACUGGAACUACAGAGUCCAACUCCGAGAUAAAGAUGUCAACUAUGUGAACGCAUACGGAGAGUUCAUUGGUCCUCACAAGAUAAAGGCAACCAACAAGAGAGGAAAGGUUCAGGAAAUGACAGCUCAACAUUUUAUCGUAGCAACAGGUGAACGACCACGAUACCCAGAUAUAGAAGGUGUGAAGGAAUUUGCAAUUACCAGUGACGACUUGUUCAGUCUGCCGUACUGUCCUGGGAAGACGCUGUGUGUCGGCGCUUCCUACGUGUCCCUGGAAUGUGCCGGCUUUCUGGCUGGUCUGGGCCUCGAUGUGACCGUCAUGGUGCGGUCAAUCCUGCUGCGAGGCUUCGAUCAGCAGAUGGCAGAGAAAAUUGGGGAUGCCAUGGCUAUGCACAAAGUGAACUUCAUCCGAGGAGCCGUCCCAUGCAAGAUUGAGAAACUGGAAGAUGGUGAGCCAGGGAAGUAUCGUGUGACAUCCAAAAGGACAGAUGGUCGUAUGAUCACUGGAGAAUACAACACUAUUCUCUAUGCAAUUGGCCGAGAUCCAUGUACGUCUGGUAUAGGGCUGGAAACAGUGGGGGUGAAAAUUAACCCAAAAAAUGGCCGAGUUAUAGUAGACGACCAUGAGAGGACGAGUGUACCACACAUCUACGCUGUCGGGGAUAUUCUCGACGCCCGACUACAGCUCACACCGGUUGCCAUACAGGCGGGGCGACUGCUCGUGCAGAGGUUGUACAGCGGCUCAACCACACUGUGUGAUUAUAUAAACGUUCCGACCACAGUUUUCACGCCUGUUGAGUACGGAAGUAUAGGAUACUCUGAAGAGGCAGCUAUUGAAAAGUUUGGAAUAGACAAUCUUGAGGUUUACCACACAACAUUCUUUCCUCUGGAGUGGACUCUACCAAAGAGAGAUGCCAACACGUGUUACGCAAAGCUCAUCUGCCAUAUACCAGAAAAGGAGAGAGUGAUAGGUUUCCAUGUUUUAAGCCCUAACGCAGGGGAGAUUACUCAAGGAUAUGCUAUUGCAAUGAAGAAAGGUGCAACAAAGGCCGAUUUCGACAACACUAUAGGAAUCCAUCCAACCUGCUCAGAAACGUUCAUGACAUUGUCUGUGACGAAGAGGAGUGGGGAGGAGCUGGUGGUUGGAGGUUGCUGAGGUUAACUCCCUGCUGUCUCACCCCACAAACCAAGUUACUAAUCCAGUACAACCACGCCUUCUCAUAGACAACAUUUUAACAAGUGGAAAUAAUUUGUGACUAUUGUUUGGGUUUUUAAAUUAUUAUUAUUUAGGAAAUACAAUUUGUGUGUUUUCUUUGUUCAGUUUAAUGAGUUUUGUUGGAAGAACAUUUGGAAAAGUAAUUCAUAUUAAUAAUGACAGUACAGUUUUGAGUACUAAAUGAAGAUCUCCAAGAAGAAGAAAUAAAGAGACUCUUGUUCUUUCCAGUAUUGGUAUCGUUGGAUUUACUCUGUUUGGUUUGUUUGGUACAGUUUUCAAAGUUCUUCUGUAAGUAUGCUGAUAAAGUUUUGUGAAUCUACUGAAAAAGAUCCAAGAAAAAAAAAUCAGUACUUUCUAAAAUAUGGAAAUCAUAGUGCCAGCUCAGUCUGUUUUGAUCAUUUGUUGAUUAAAUCAUACGAGGAAUAUUUUUGUGUAUCAUCUGACAAUUCAAAUAUCAAGUAGAUCUUUUUAUAUCAUGAAUAAUAUAUAAUUAUUUAUUCAUUCAGUUUCACUUGUGUUUGAAAUAAUAAGACUGUUUUGUACUGGAUGAAAAAUGAACUUGGUUGUGGGUGACAGCAGGGACGGAAGAAGGAGGGGUGUGUUGGAUUGUUUGGUACUAGUGUAGUACGACUAUGACGGCCAGGUCCGUAAACCAGUAACCUGGGAGGACACGGCUUGACGACACAGUUCAACACACCCAGUCGACAGUGAUGCAAGUCACACAAGAACACAUCAGAUAAUGAUGGUCAAUGGGGGAGGGGAGCAGACUUUUGUUUUUGAAAAACCGAGGAGCAUGAAAAGUCACUGCUCAAAUUAUUGAAAUCUGCGUUCACAAACAACUGAAGACUCGUUCUUGUCAUGCCUCAAUUUGAUGCAGUGUGGGAUUUGAGAACAGGAACACAAUCUAAAAUUUUGUAACAUAUACAGAAAAAUGUCCAGGAAUAGCAAACUACACUCAUGAGAAGUGCAAUUUGUCCAGAUAAGGGGUGAAAUAUUUCACACCCCUCAGAUUGAAUUUGGGGGUGCCAUAUUUCACACUUGUCCGAUUGAAUUUGGGGUGCAAUAUUUCACACCUGUCCAAUUGAAUUUGGGGUGCAAUAUUUCACACCCGUCUGAUUGAAUUUGGGGGUGCAGUAUUUCACACCUGUCCGAUUGAAUUUGGGGUGCAAUAUUUCACACCCGUCUGAUUGAAUUUGGGGUGCAAUAUUUCACACCCGUCUGAUUGAAUUUGGGGGUGCCCACAAAGGCAUAUAUCAUGCUUGCGCUUCUUGAAAACAAAAGUCUGUGAUAGAGGAUAUUUGUUUGUACACAUUUCCUAUAAUGCUUUUGCCAUAAAGAAUUGUUUGUCCUGUUAGUGUGCAGUUUUGUUUCCUGAUUAUAGUCAGGUUAUUGUGAUACAUAUAUAUAUAUGUAUGUUAUAAAUAUUUUUAAUAGGCGUGCAUUAAAAUUGUUUCACUAUCACUGGUAAGCAGUUAACACUAUGUAAACCAGUUGGUUGAAACAUCUGUUAUUCACAAGGAGCGUGCUAUUUUUUUACUUUCUGUGUUAUAUGCACUAUUAAAUCUUGUUUAAAUAGUCUAUGGAAUCUACAAACAGUUUAUAGAUACAUGCAGUUUAUGUUAGUCUGAACAUGUAACCACACUUUAUAUGUGACUAGCUAAAGCUAAUUUUAUAUUUAAAAAUAAACAAUAAAUGUAUGCCAUUUGAGCUAUAAAUGCAAUAAUAUUCUUGUAGUUUCAUUUUGUGCAUGGAUUGACAUGCUUUUUUAUUUAUUUAUUUCACUUCAUUAUAACUUGAUAUUUAGUGCCUAAUAAUCAACCUCCACCACCUGGGCUGUUUGUCGAGAACAGUGAAUGGUUAAUGACCAGGUGUUGAUGCUCGGUGAGAGACGUUCAUACAGUGACACCAUUGAGACAUUAAAGCUCAACUAGGAUUUGAUCCUGCAGCCUUCCAGUCUUAAUACAAGUGGUUAAGCACGACACCACAGAGAUCAUAUUGGUGUAUUAAGAUUGAAAUAAUUAAUUAGUAUUUCCUGUACUUGAAAAUAUCAGACAAGACAGCAUGUGAUCAAUUCAGGUUUUAACUUCAGGGUGACCUUAAAACACAGGUCACGACAAUUGUAAGUUUUUAUUGUAAAGUAUAUAAAGCUUGCUUCCAGUUUCAACAAUUAUUAAGCCUUUGUCAAAAAAUAAUUGUAUCUUAGAUCUGAUGUGUGACAUUAUUGAAUGCUCUAACAGACGUUGCCAAUUGUAGCAUACAUUAACAGAUGUGCGAAAUUGUAGAAUGCACUAAAAGUAAAGAUUAUCAGUCUUGUGUUACAAAAUGUACACUAUCCAAUAAGUAUACACUAUUAUAUAACAUGUCUGCAGCAAUGGUUAAUUUAUAGUCUUGUCCCCCUGAUGUGUAAUAUUAGUAAAUGCAAACUACAGACUACAGUUUCAACAACUGAAAUGUGUUUUCAUUAUCAGCUUAUAUCAUCUAUGGUCUUGAUAUGGCACAUGCCUGUUGCCUUUUUACAUAUUAUAGCUUUGCAAAAUACCACCCAUCUUUAUCUUGUUGCGUUUUUGGUCUCUUACUAUUGCUUAGAUAUGUAUGUUAGUAUUGACAGAUAUAUGCACAUGAUAGGAAAAUAACAUUCUGAAGAAAAAAUAAUAAGUCGUAAUAUUCGUGUUUUUUACCAAGUGUAUUCAGGUGAACGAUUGCUGCCAGGUGAUAAAUUUGGUAUGCAUGAUAUUGAAUCGAUUGUGAGCACUUCUAAAAUGCUAAAAGUAUAGUGUGAAAUAGACACAUAUAUGCUUUCUGUUUAUAGACCAAACAUUACAUAGAAAUCAUGUUAAAGCAGUCUAAGAAAAAAGAAGAGUGCAGUGCAUUGAAAAAAUGCCUUUAAAAAUAACUGAUUUUGGUGAUAGUUUUUGAGAAUAAUUUGUAAAAGAUUGGGCCAAAUUAGUCCCCAUAAUAACCUUAAGGCACAGUAGUAUAGGAUACAAGCUCCAUGUUUGUCUCAAAAUAAGGUUUUAACAAAAAUUAAAUUAACUUGGGUUGUUGGACUACGCAAAACAAUUUCAUCAAUUUAAAGUUCAAAUUUUUUUUCUAGCGAUGUCCAUAUGAUGCCACUUGACAUGAAUUAAAUAAAAAUUUAAUGCAGGUAUUUCCAGGUAAUAUUUUGUUGAGCUGUUCAUUAGUUAGCACGGUCUGUUCUGCUAUACUUUUAAGCCCACAUGAAUCAGAUUAUCAAUUUGAAUAUGUUAAUUUUAAAUUCAAGGUUGUUAAGUUUUGAAACAUCCAAUUAUGUUUACAUUAUGUAUUCUCAGAAUGUACAUUUAUUCCAGUGGUACAUGUUUUAUACAGGUCUUGCAUUCUCACCAAUACAUGUGCUGAAAUCCAAUAAAGUAUGAUUCAA